UUGGUUUCUAAAAAUAAUUUUGGGAGUUACUUAUUCUUAAAAUAGUAUUAUUCGGAAUCGAAAGAGAAAGUUGUGUGGAAGACAAAGUACAUCAUGACAAAUAUUGAUUCAGGGUUUCUUCAUAUCAUCAUCACCAUCACAUAAUUUUGUGUUUAUGAGUCGCGGAAUUCAUGAAGAAUGGCAUCAUGUGCUGAGUAUCCGACUUACUGUAUUAUCUGCAAGAAAGGGCCGUUUGCAGGUGUCAUACCAGCACAACAGCAUUUCAAGAGUCAAGCUCAUUUGUCUAAACAAGCUUUCCAAAAUGACCGCAUGCAGCAGCCAUCAGGUGACAUUGGUGCAAGAGGUCAGCAAACCUAUGUUUCAUCAUGCAAUGCUUGCGGAAAGAACUUCAAUAACGAAUUCAGCGCAGAACAACAUUUUGCGAGUGAAAAUCACAAAAAGAAACAAGCACUUAUACAGUCGACACAGAGUAAUUCCAGCUCCUUUCUUGUAUCAACAGGCCGUGGAUGUGAUUCACCGGAACUGUCAUUUUAUUCAAGCGAAAACCUAGCUGCUAAUGUUCAGCUUAAACAAGUGUGGAAGAACAAAUCAGCCUCUAAUCCAAAAGGCUCCCAAAACAGUACUGAUCAGCAGAAUAAAAAUAACCGAACCCAGGAAUAUUCAUUUGAUGGAAACCGUGGGUAUUGUAAUGUGUGCAAGAUUGAACUGACAUCUCCGCAGCAUGCAAAACAACACUUAAACGGGAAACCUCAUGCUAAAGCUAAAGCUGCUGAAAGCUCGGGCUUACACCAAACAAAAGCAGUCAAUGAAGCUAAUACUGCUGGUGUCCACGGUGAUGAAUACAACUUUUCCGGAGGAAGAGGAUACUGCUAUAUCUGUAAAAUUGAGUUGACAUCACAGGCUCAUGCUGAACAGCACUUGUCAGGAAAAAACCACGAAAAGGCAAAAUCAAAAGGAAAUGCUGAUGUCCAAAAAUCAUUACCCUUAACUUGUGAAAUCUGUCAGAAAACGUUUAGUGGACCAGAAUGUGCUUCUCAACAUUUCAGCAGCGUAAAACAUCGCCAAAAAGAGGCUCUUGUUCAAUCCCACAAUCCCAAUUCACCUCCCAUCACAAAUCAAAAUAUUCCUGCGUUUGAAGUAUCCCCAGGCGACAAAACAAAGUGGGUGAUUUGUGAAGUGUGUAAUGUUAAAUUGAAUUCUAUUGAGCAGCUAAACAUCCAUAAAAAUAGUCCAAAGCAUAUAGCAGAGGAGGAAAAAUUAGCCAGAAUGGGAACCAGCAUCAAAGUCAUGAAUACACCAGAUUUCAAAAUGGAUGCCAUAAAACCUAGGGUCCAGGUUCAAGACACAGGUUUCUGUCCAGUAAACCCGAGAGUUGAUUUUGCCGGUCUCAGAGAUGAUGUGAGGCCAUCCCUUAAUGCAUCUGGACCUUCAUCAUUUCUGUCUAAUCAACCAGGUUGGUUUGCACAGACAGAGAACAUAACUCUGGCGACAAUGCCUUCGCUGAAUGUAAGUUCUAUUAUAAUAGAAUCCAACCAACCACCCAAUCAGAAGAAAGACAACAUGGAUGAUACGAUUCCAAAAGAAGUGAGAUUUGAAAAUCCAGAUAUUCAGUCGGAUGAUAUUGGCACAUAUAUGAGUGAAGAAAAGAACCUCAAAGAAAAAUAUUCUGAAAAGGAAUUGGAAAAAGAACUUAUAAAUGAAAAGAUAAACAUCUCCUCCGAGUCCUCUUCUCUAUCAAGUCUUGAAAUGCCACCUCUGGAAAGUAACAUGAUAACUAAUGACUUAGAAUUAGGAAAGAAAAACACCAGACAGAUUUACAGGAAGGCUAACAAAGAUCAAGAGAAUCUUUUAAGAAAGAACAUGACACCUUCCAUGUCUAAUUCUGAUGGACCGCGACCUCCUGGUGCAUAUCCUUACGAAAGAAAUUUGAAUUCAUCAUUAAGCUGCUCAUCAUCGCAAAACAUUGAUGCUUCAAAAUCUAGUGAAAAAUCAUAUUUGUCCUCGGCAAACUCAAAUCCAAUUCCUCUUCAUCAGAAUGUCACAAAUCUGGAACUGUCAAUGCAGAAGUCAAAUCUGGAACCGUCCAUGCAGAAGUUAAAUCUGGAACCGUCCAUGCAGAAGUCAAAUUGCACCACAGGUAGAUCAGAAGGAAAUAUGCAUAGUAUUUCCCUAGAAAGAAGUCCAUCCAAAUUUGGAGAUUCUCCAAGUGGUGAUAUCAGAAAAGUUGUGACAAGUAACCCUUGCGUGGGCUCGGAAAACAUUUCACAAACCACUACCACACAAAGAGUGCAAAAUACGGGGUCCAGUGGAUCGAAUUUAGUCAAACGUAUAUCAAAUACAAAAUCAAGAGGGGGCGCAAAAUCUGGUGGUGGGAGUGUAGCUUUGUAUGGUUCAUCGGAUUCCUCAGAUGAAUCAGACGAUCAGGAAGAGGAGAAUAAAUUUUUUCCAUGCACAAGCAGAGAUGUCUUUCAAAAAUUGCAGGAAGUGAAUGGUAAUGCUUCACCUACUGCACCAUUUUCCCGGGUGACUGAAGGUCCAGUAAACGAGCAGAGAGUGCCCAAAUAUUAUUGUAAAAUAUGCCAGUGUCAAAUGAAUGCCAAGAAAGCUUACAAGGACCAUUUGGAGGGAAGGAAACACAUGCAGAAGGUGGCUGUCAUGGCAGCCGAGCCGAGAAAACAUAGACCCAUUGUGAAGGAGGUUCACAACCAAUGGAAGACAGACGGUGACCUCACUCUUUGGUCUCCAAGGUCAUACCAAUGGGAAUUGUAUGGGAGAGCGAUGGAGGGUGACAGAGUUGUCUUUCUUCCCACAGGAACUGGCAAGACUCUAAUCUCUUGCAUGGCCAUUAGUGCAAUGCUAGAACUGAAUCCAACAAGACAGGCCCUGUUUCUGGUGGACAAAGUUCUCCUUGUCAUCCAGCAGUCACGUUAUCUUGUCAAGCAGAUUGGAGACCGACUCUAUAAAAGGUUUAACCCAGAUGAUCCUUCCAGUCUAGUGGAUAGAAAGUUAAAAAUAGCAGCCCUCUGUGGGGGUCAGCAAUCCACAGACGGUGUCCCUAUCUGGCAACAUGAUCUCAUCGUUGUCACGGCAGCUUACUGUGAUCAGCUGAUCAUGAAGAACGUUCUGCGAUGGGAAGAUCUGUGUAUUGUUGUGUUUGAUGAGGCACACCAUUGCAUAAAGAGUCACCCAUUCAACAAACAACUAGAGCAAUACCAUUUAAAGAUGGACGUACAGGAGAGGCCCAAAAUUCUAGGGCUAACAGCUUCCCCUGCUGGCAAAAAGACAUUUCCCAUGACAUUGAACAUGCUAAACAAUUUGAUGCAGAGUAUGGGUGGAGCCAAAAUUGCUGUCACCAAGGAACAUAAAGCUGAGCUGGAAAGAUACCAGUCAAGUGCAGAACUCAUUGUCAACUACACGCCAAUGAGCAUCAAAGAGCAAAAGUUCCAGAAAGAACUACAACUGUACCUACUAACCUGUUACUUAAGACUCUCAGCGGAAACAAACAUUCCAGAACAAUUGGAUUUAGGCAUAGUACCCACCCAGGGUAGUCAUAUUUCUGAUGAUAAGAAAAGUAUGUGCGCAAAAGAGUUACAUGGGGAUAUCCUGAAUAGCCUGGAGGUCACUCUCAAUGAUGCCAAACCAAAUGACCAAUCAGCUGCUGGUAAAAUUCAGCACAGAAACCUUGUUGCACAUACCUGGAACAUCUGCGUUGCUCUGAACACUUUAUUUGAGACGGGUGUGAAAACAGCAGUUGAGGAGUUGGAUGAACUCAUGGCACGUUCACCUCAUGGCAACUUUGAUUAUGCCAAGAGCAUUAAUCUUAAACCUGAUAAUCUUUUAUCUGAGAUUGAAAUUGUACAAGAGAUGGUGCAGUCUAGCCUACCUGGAUUAAUGAUUGACCCUGAAAGUCAGCUUUCUUCCAGAAUUGUACAACUGAUGAAGGCAUUGCUGAACCCAGUGUACAUUGACUGGUCCCAAACACACCCAAUGGUCCUAGUCCUUGUAAAAGAGAGAAGCUCAGCAAAUAAAAUUAGUGCAAUAUUGCAAACACAGAAGGAAAUAUUAGAGAAGCACCUGAAAGUGACCCACUUAGUUGGUCAUGGUGGAGGGUCAGGAGAUGGGAAAGGGAUGGACGUGUCGCAGCAAAAAAAAAUAUUGCGGGAUAUAAAAAAUCACAAGUACCACAUAGUUAUAGCGACUUCUGUCGCAGAAGAAGGCAUAGACAUCCCCGAGUGUGAGCUGGUAAUAACCAUGAAUCUGCCGUCCAGUGUUACAGCCUUGGUGCAGAUGAGGGGCCGGGCACGGAAAGAAAACAGCAAGUUUGUGGUUCUAUGCAACGAUAAGACUGAAGAAGAUAAAUUGUCAGAGUUGAUGAAAAAAGAAGAUAAUAUGAUCAAGGCAGCCAACUUUCUGUUUGACAGUCAAAAUAAACAAGAGGCAAAAGAACACUAAAGCGGUCUUCUUCUGUGUUCAUUUUUCUGCUAAAGAAAAUGAAAUCUCUGUUGAAGUUUUCUCAAAUCUUGUCUAGUUUUGACCAACAAAUAGAAAUGCCAUGAUUAUAUUAACUCCUAGCUGUGGUAAAGAUUACGAAAUUAAUUGUUCCAAAUGAAGAUCUAUUAGUAUUUUUCUUCAUUUGGAACUACCUUCAUUUAAGGUGGGCACACCAUUGUAAAAAGAGUCUUAUAAUUUUCAUCUCUAAUAGGAACCACUUUUGAGUUCUGAUCAUAAAAUUUCCCAUUAUAUGUCAUGUCACAAUUGAGUAUGGCAUGCCAUAAUUGUCCCGUCUGAUCUUUUAAAUCAUUUUCUGUUGCCCUGGAUAAGGUUUCAUUAAUAUAUUGUAACAUUUCAAAUUAUACUUUUUUAAUUCUUUACUUCCGAGUACUCUUGUAAAGGUUAAGGAAACCAUUGAUACUGAGAAGAUUGCAGAAGCUUGUGGAAUAUAUGUAAUAUAUCACCUGUUCUCUUCCAUGUCACUAGUCACGCUUACUGUCUCGGGUAGAGUAGGUACUCCCACGGAUUCGGUAGGCGUGGCUAGUAAUGAUACAUGUAGUUCUGUUCCACGACAAAAAUAUCAAUUUCUAUGCACGUAACUGUUGUCAUCUUAAGGUGUAUAAAUCUUUGUAUGAAGAAAAAGAAACUAGAUACCGUUAUAUGGACAAAAUUUUCAUUAUUUGAUUUCAAAUGUUGUUUUUUUUGUGUAAACUUGCUGUAUGAAGUACUGUCCCAGUACGAGCAUGCACUCCAGAUUUGAUAAAAUCACAGACAUUGAGCAACACAAUAUAUUACAAUCCUAUCAGAUGUUGGUUGGUGGUCUAAAUGAAGUUAGUUUAGAUUAUUAUCUUCUUGUGAAAUGAUUUAAAUUAAUUUUUGUGGAUUGCAAUUUUUAAUAUUUAAUGCAGGUGAAUGCAUAUUGGGACCGAGUUCCUCUUUUAUCUAGAAUUUCAAGUCUGCCCUAGCUUCCACUCCAAAUAAUUGUUAAAAAUAAAUCUUUGUUUUUUAUGAUGAUUUAAAAACAAUCACAAUUAGGGAUGCUGUAUAUAUAUUCUUAAGGAAAUUAAACUAAAAUGAAAAUAUGUCAGCUCUACCCAAAGCACACUUGCAUGAUUGAUGGGGUCAGGUAUCACUGCUUCACCUGUGUCUUACACCAUUCCUGCCAAGGUGCACUUCAAGUUUUAUGCCCCUGAAAUCCAAGAUCAGUGGCAUCUUGUUUUUUGUCUGUCUGUUUGUCUAUACAGUUUAACUUCUGAGGUAUAGAAAUGGAGAUUUGAAGUUGUGUUACAUGUAUUUGGUCUUUAUAUAAGUAAAAUUCAAAGGAUAGUAUUGCAGCUUUGUACUAUCAUAGUUAAAGCUUGUUUAACAUACAUCAAGGAGAAUUUAAUUGUAUGCAUGUAGAGAAGUAAAAUUUACUAAGGCAGGAUGUCAAGUCCGUAUUUAUUCCUAUAUUUUCCUAUAAACUUGAAGGUUCCUAUAUUUUCCUUAUAAGUCAUUAAAAUCCCUAUAAAGGCCUAUACAUGUAUAUCCAAAAAGAAGUGACAGUCUUAUUUUCAAAAAUGAUAAAAAAGAAAAAGAAGAAAGACCCCCCCCCUAAAAAAAAAUCAGGAACUGAUGCUAGAUUGAUAGUUAAUUAGAUUGUUAUGAAGAGAAUAACUAUGAUGAUUGUAUAAGAACUGUCUAUUGGAUGGAAAACUGUACAUCUGAAAGGAUUUUGUCUUUAUGUUUAAUGUUAUUUCUUCUCCAGUAAGAUACCAUGCUUGCUAGAUUUUUAUGCAGAAACAAUAAAACUUUUAUACAAAUUCUUUAAUAAAAAGUCUAUUUAUUCUUAUAAAUCAACUGUAAACAUCCCUAUAUUUGCCCUAUAAACUGCAAAAAAAAUUCCUAUAAUCCUAUAUUUUUUAGACCAAAAGUGGCUUGACACCCUGCUAGGGUUGAAUUGUGUAACAUUUGUGUUUGGUGUACGAUGUCAUGUAGAUGUGGCAGACAUCCAGCCACUGGUUUGACAUAGAUUAUGCAGACGUACAUGUAAUUGAUGCGUGGAUUUCACAUGUCUAUCUAAUUAUGCAAAACCUGACUCAUGUCAAGGAAUUUAAUGAUUACAUCGAUUUUUGUUAAAAACAUGUAAGUAAGGUAAAAUUUGAAUGAUUCAAUGACAUUUAGACUUGAUAGUUCAUGUGUACUUGUGAAAAUAAUCAGGUUACCUUAUUGAGAUCAGCUGCUACUGAAGGUUUUUAGGUCACCUGAGUUACUGUAUUUCUGUGACCUGUUACAGUAUAACAAUUUAUUUUCGAUUAAUCUUGUUCAUUGUGCAUAAAAGACAUUUAACUUAAACAAUAGAUUGAAUGUUAUCUUUAACACUCCUGUCUUUGGGUGAUAUAAAAUCUUCACUUCUCCUGGAGAACUCUCCGAAGGACUAGAUACAUGUAGAUGCCGAGUAUAGUUAGCUUAUACGGAAGUUAUACAAUUCAUGCAGGGGUAACAGUCCUAGGUCAUGUGUUCAGAGAGGAGUAACAGUCCUAGGUCAUGUGUUCAGAGUUCUUGGCCAGUGAGUAAUAGCUUUAUCUGGUGAAAAUGCAUUAAAUCUUCAAAAAUAAAAUAUCCUUAUACAUCUACCAAACAGACCGGGUGUAUAUAGUUAUAAGUUGUAAGGGAGGCUCUUACUGAGAUUGAAGUCAAGAUAUUCAAGAAUUCACAGGGGGUGGAAUUUAUCAUGUCUUUUAUUGAAACAUAUUCCUCAUGAACUACUACAUUGUAGCAGAAGACCCGUGCUAUACAAUACCAUCAUUUUUGCAGCAGUUUUAUUUUUUACUUUUUUGUUUGUGAAUAUAGAUAAAUAUUCAUGAAAUGAACACUGAUUAAACAUUAUAUGACCUUCACCUUGAUAAAACAAUUUUGGUUUACCUGAGCCAGUUAAAUUUUGUCAUUUAGGUUGAGUUAAAAUUCAUCGAAUUUUUACAUUUUAGACUUUCUAAUCAGACCCACUUUACCAUUUUUAAUCAAACUUAAAAUUGGCAUAAAGUAUUUUAUGGUGGUUAUUUUUUUAUAUAUAAAUGAAGGGCCAUACAUGUUUCCAUGGAUGGGAGACGAUAGGCAAAAAGGAUGGACUAUUUAAAAUAAAAAUCAGUACAGAACCAGAAACCCAUAUUGCACAUGAAAUAGGGAGUUGAUUCAAGUUGGGUUAAGCUACAUGUAUGACCCCCACCCCACCCCCUUUAGGUCAGGAUGGGGCCAUACUAGGAGUGUAAAGUCUUAAAUAGAAGUGUAUGAGAAGAACCUUCUCAAGAAACAUCGAUCCUCUGGUAGUGCAGAAUGAAUCAGAUGGUUAAAAUUAUGACUCCUGGUUGGGUGUGAUGGAGUCCCUAAAAAGGUUCAUUGUGUAAAAUAGAAAUGAUAGGAUUGCCUUAAGGACAUGUGAAGUAUGCAUGGUCAUUUAGAGGUUCAUGCAGGGAUCUAUAAUUAUACAUCUUAGAAAACAUGAGUGCUUAAAAAACUUUUAAGAUGAACUGUUUUCAGGUGAUGAAUCCAUUUCAUGCACUUUCAGCAAGCUUACUAGUUACUAAUUUUAAAAUUUACCAUUCUAGUGUUCCCUUUUAAUGUAGGUCGUAGGAUACCCAAUAAUUUGGACGCAUAUACUUUUUUUUGACGGAUGUAUUUGAGCAAACAACAAUGUAAAUUAAUCAUUACUUAGAAUAUUUUGAUGAAGAAUUCUAAGUUUUGGGUAAUUUUUUUCAUUUUCAAGUAAAGAUUUGUAAAUUUCAUAGGAAAAUACAAAUUGCAAAUUCUAUGAUAAUUUGUGGGGGUAUCUUUGGUCCUUAUAGUACGUGGACAUAUCUUGUUAUAUUGGUAUGGAUGUUUUGCAUAAGUUGCAUUGUAAAAAGAAAUUGUUUUGAUGAAUUUUCAAGUUUUAUUGUAAACACGAUGUUUUAUUUUUGUUGUUGAAUCGCUGAAAUAAAAAAAAAACUGCUUUAAA